GAGCCAAAAAAGAAAGCCAAAAGUGCUCCAAAAAAGAAGAAAGGUUCAGGCACAGAUGAUGAUGAUGACGAUGAUGACAAUGAUGAAGACACCCCCAAAAAGAAGACCAAAAAAAAGACAACGAAGGACAGCUCUCCAUCAGCAAGUUCUGCCAAAGAAAAGAAGUCUAAACCUAAAGAGGACAAAGAUUCUGAUGGAAAAGAAAAAAAGUCCAAGUCAAAGGAGAAGGACAAAAAGAAAGAACCUGCUUCAAUGUUCCAGAUAAGCGGAGAAAAAGACUCAAAAAGCAAGAAGAAAGCUGCCAAAUCAGACAGUGAUGACAGUGAAGAGGAGACAAAGUCAAGCAAAUCAAAGAAGAAAUCAACAGCCAGCUCAUCAUCCAUGUUCCAAACAACAGGAGACAAGGACAAAGACAAGAAGACAAAGAAAAAAGGCAGGUCUACCAGAAAGACAGAAGAGAGUGAUGGUUCUGAGUCAGAAAAAGAAGAAAAAUCAAAGAAGAAAAAGGGUAAAGGGAAGAAGAAAAAGGAGAGAUCUCCAUCACCUGAGAUUGAAUUUGACGACUUGGAGAAGUUUGUGAUGCAGCCGGCUCCACAGGGCGUGACCAUCAAAUGUAGAGUGACUAGAGACCAGAGAGGAAUGGAUAAGAGCCUCUAUCCCCUCUAUUACCUUCAUCUGGACAACGAAAAAAAAACAUUCUUGCUGGCUGGGAGGAAAAGAAAGAAAAGCACCACUUCAAAUUACCUCAUCUCCAUUGAUGCCACAGAUUUGUCAAGAGGUGGAGAGAAUUUUGUCGGAAAGCUGAGGUCCAAUUUAAUGGGGACUAAGUUCACCGUAUUUGACAAUGCUCUGAAUCCAGAAAGAGCUCUUCCCGACAUGUCUAACGCACGACAGGAAUUAGCAGGCAUCAUCUAUGAAACAAAUGUCCUAGGGAUGAAAGGGCCCAGAAGGAUGACGGUCAUCAUUCCAGGAAUGAACAAGGACAAUGAGCGAGUACCUCUGAGGCCAAGAAAUGAUUAUGAUGGCUUGUUGAUAAGACACCAGAACAGAAGGAUGGAGAAUCUGAUCGAGCUUCACAACAAGACGCCUGUGUGGAACGAAGAAACUGCGUCUCAUGUGCUCAACUUUAACGGCAGGGUCACCCAGGCCUCCAUCAAGAACUUCCAGAUAGUCCAUAGCAAAGACUUGGACUACAUUGUGAUGCAGUUUGGUCGAAUAGCCGAUGACAUUUUCACACUGGACUACAACUACCCGAUGUGUGCCGUGCAGGCCUUUGCCAUCGCGCUCUCCAGCUUUGAUGGCAAAAUCGCUUGUGAGUAACAGAAACAUCCCCAGCUGCCUGCUCACACUGAAACCAGUAUGCAUCACGCCCACACUUUCAUCAGAACAACUCAUGUCUUUGGACUCAGCCACAGCACUUCCUGUGAUGAGCACAAACAACAAAUAAUGGUUCCUUUAAUGUGACAGUGCUUGCCGCUGCUCUGUCGCCUUUCUGGGUGUGUCAUUCACUUUAGGACUGAGAAACAAAAUUGGUCUCACAUUAUCUUCUCAUUUUGCACGGCAUGGCACAGGAGAGUCCCAGUUUUUUGUCUCAGUUCGUCCGAAUUUUUGCGAAUCACAGACAGGUCACUUCAAAGGACUGAACUGACUGGAGAGUUGUGGACUUUUAGGGAGGAUCAUGGUACAACUUGAUUUGACUUUAAGAUUUCUAACAUCAUUAAAAGAUGUUGAACUGUGUUGUGUUUUGGCUUCAUUGUACUGCAUUGAAUUGAAACCAGUGUUGUAACAACAAGAGUUAAACUCUGCAAGAUAACAAGAAUCUAAGUAUCACACUGUUACUCUCACAACCUAACUGUUAGCUUUAAAAGAAUAUGGAAAUUACUUUUAUUUGAAGGACAAAGGUCACACAAGUCUCCCACAUAUCCAGACUGUUCCUAUUUUAUUGCCUUUAGUGAAGCAUAAAUUCCAGGUAUUGGACACUGUUAGAGUAGAAUAGUAACAUUGUGAAAUAAGAGUGUCUUUAGUUCUUUGUUCUAUCUAGUGUCAACAUGACAUGCGUGACAAAAUAUUCAGCUUCUGUAGAUUUUUCUAUAAUGUGUUUUUUGGUUCUUACAUUUUGUGAAAUGUAUUAUUUUUCUGAACACUGCCUUUGUUGCAUUUCUAGGCUUAUUGUAAUAAUGUCAUUUAAUAAAGCAUGUGAAUUAA